CGAUGACUAAAACUGCCUGUGGACACAACCUCUCUUUAUAAAACACAUCUAUCCCUCGCUCCCAGCCUGUGAGGAGGAGGAGGAGGAGGAGGAGGAGGAGGAGGAGGAGGAGGAGGAGGAGGAGGCGAGGCUUUGAUACAGCCUGAGGCCUCGGGGGCGACAGCAGCAGCUCCCCGUCCGGAUCAGUAAGGAGACAAAACAGGAGCCUGCACCUCCCUCUCCUCCCUCUCCUCCCUCUCCUCCUCCUCACUGACAGAGACCCUCUGCUGCAGGAGUUUCUGAUGAUGAAGCAUCACUUCACUGUUAUUGAGGAGGAGAGGGAGGAGGAGGAGGAGGAGGAGGUGGAGGAGGUGGUGGAGGAUGUGUUGUUUACUUCAGCUUUGUUCUUUCCAUCCGUUAUUAUUGUCAGUGUGUUAGAGUCUCUGUCUCUACGGCAGCAGCUGAGGGGCCCUGAAUGCAGCGCUCAGAGAAUUGUUUCCUGUUGCAAUCCUUUCAGAAUAAAAGCUAAACCCUCUGUCGUGCAGACAGACAGAGCAGGAGGUGAACAGAGACAGAAUCAGCUGUUGAGUCAGGGAUGAACUCCUCUCAUUGUUUCCCUCCCUCUCUUCUCUUUCUUUCCUCACCUCUCUCUUCUCUCUCUCUUUCUGUUUUCUUCCUCUUCUCCUCCUCGUCUUUAAUAUUUCUCCUCCUCAGCUCCGUCAGGUGAAUCCAUGUUUCAGGUCUGUUACACUCAGCUCCUCCUCUCUCUCCUCUCUCAGGACUUCACCCAGCUGUACGAGGAGGCGCGGUACUACCAGCUGACCCCGAUGGUGCGGGAGUUGGAGCGCUGGCAGGCGGAGCGGGAGGCCCAGCGGGUGGCGCCCUGCGAGUGCCUGGUGGUGCGGGUGACUCCGGACCUGGGGGAGAGGAUCGCUCUGAGCGGGGAGAAGGUCCUGAUCGAGGAGAUCUUCCCCGAGACCGGAGACGUCAUGUGUAACUCUGUCACCGCUGGCUGGAACCAGGACCCCACCCACGUCAUCCGCUUCCCCCUCAACGGAUACUGCAGACUCAACUCAGUCCAGGUCCUGGAGCGUCUGUUCCAGAAAGGCUUCAGCAUCAAGGCGUCCUGCGGCGGGGGGGUCGACUCGUCCCAGUUCAGCGAGUACGUCUUGUGUCGUGACCUGAGGCAUAGCCAGUCCAUCACCAGCACCCCGAUCCGGAUCAAACAGGAACCUCUGGACUGAGGACCUGAGGACACCUGGAGAACAUCUCACCUGAAGACUCGAAGCAUCACAGGACUCUGUGUGACCUUUGACCUCUUCAGUGUGGAUCAGAGGCUGUGGAGCCUGAUAAUGAUGAACGCUGUGUAAAGUCAUGUGACAGGAAACAGACUGAUCACCUGUAAAUACUGUUUGUAAUGAGAAUCUUUGAUCAGAGCAGCAGGUGAAAAUCAUGUGAGUUUGAACCAAUGAAAGCUCCUUUUUAUAAUUUAAUGUUUUUUUAUAAAACUUUUCAAAAUGUA